GCCCUUGUCAGCGAACGUAACGACUAAGCUGCCUGUGAGCAGGAUUGAAGAUUUUAACAGCCAAUCAAAAAAAAUCAGCUUAGGAGAAAAGAUUCUGCGAGCCGGCAGUGAAGGAAGCCUGGCUAAGAAGCAGCAGCAGGUGAGAGCGCCGCAGAUACCCGUCAGGCAGCCCGCCGGAGCCAACAGAUCCAAAGGUCAGACAAAAAACAGUCCAUUUGGAGGCUCAUUAGACGACACAGAAUGUCACCAGUCCAAGGAGAACCUAUCUAAUGGAAACAGUCAUAACCCAUCCAAAACUGGGCGGAAUAUUCCCCGGAGACACACAGUAGGUGGGCCACGUAGUUCUAAAGAAAUCUUGGGAAUGCAGACAUCAGACAUGGACAGGAAGAGGGAAGCCUUCUUGGAGCACCUCAAAUACAAAUACCCUCAUCAUGCCACUGCAAUAAUGGGUCACCAGGAACGUCUGAGAGAUCAGGCUGUGCAGUGUAUGCUGGCCUCACUCCAUUCAGAACUUGACAUUCAAAGGUACUUGAUGAAAAUUGAAUCCUCUCAGAGAACAAAAAGUCCAAAGCUCUCGUCCAGUCCACAGCCAAGCCUGGGAGAACCUGCAGAACAUCUCUCAGAGGUGUCUGCUGAUUCCGGAGAAGCCAUGUUUGAAGGAGAAUCGACAGCGCCCUUCGUCAGAGGCAGCCGGACAAGAGCCAGCCUGCCAGUUGUCAGAUCAACAAAUCAGACGAAAGAGAGAUCAUUAGGUGUGCUUUUUCUUCAGUAUGGAGAGGACACAAAGAAAUUCCAGAUGCCCAAUGAAAUUACCAGUUUAGACACCAUACGUGCCCUCUUUGUAAGUGCCUUCCCGCAGCAGCUGACAAUGAAGGUGCUGGAAUCCCCCAGUACUGCCAUUUAUAUAAAGGACGAAGGAAGGAACAUCUAUUAUGAGCUGAGUGAUGUAAGGAGUAUUCAAGACAGGUCCUUCCUGAAGGUUUACAAUAAAGACCCAGCUUACGCCUUCAACCACACUCCCAGGACGGUCAAUGGAGACGUAAGGAUGCAAAGAGAUAUUGCCUACAACGUUCGAGAAGGCCCGGUAGUCCACCGGCCUGGAUCAGCCACAUACCCCUCUCAUGGAGGCCCAAUAUCUCCACCUCCUACCCCUGUGCCACAUUCCAUGCCACCUUCUCCAUCCAGGAUUCCAUACGGUGGGGGGCGUCCACCGGUUGGACAGACUAACACAACAAUGCCAAGGGAAAGGUUGUCCAGCUUGCCUGUCUCAAGAUCUAUAUCUCCUAGCCCCAGUGCCAUCUUGGAAAGGAGGGACGUGAAACCAGAUGAGGAUAUGGGCAACAAAAAUCUCCAACUGAUGCGAAAUGACAGCAUGUAUACGGAUCCCUACAUGUACCACGAAGGCCGGAUGAGCAUCGCUUCUUCACAUGGCGGGCACCCCCUUGACAUGCCAGAUCACCUUAUUGCUUUUCACAGAGGGUCGAUGAGGUCUUCAAGCACUUAUUCAAACACUUCUAUGCAAGUGGAAAUGAUGGAACAAUCGGUCUAUCGACAAAAGAAUCGGAAACACUCAGAAAGUCAUUUGCCAGCCCUUGGAUCUAAAACUCCUCCAGCCUCACCUCACAGAGUGACUGACAUAAGGAUGAUGGAGAUGCAUGGUCAUAAUCCUCAUGGACCUCCCCAUGGUAUACACAGUGAGAGGUCUUCUCCAAUACGACAGUCCUUUAAAAAAGAUCAGGGUCCUGGAGUAUUUGUCGAGGCCAAAGUCCGGAACACUGGUGGAAUACUUGGUAUGGCUGAUAUAGUCCCAUCUCCUACUGAGAAGCAAAUGUAUGCUGGAUAUGGAGCUCCCAAAGAUAAUUAUACACGAGAGAGGAUGCAUGCCAUGGAGAAACAGAUUGCUAGUCUAACUGGCCUGGUUCAGAAUGCACUUUUAAAAGGGCCCAGCCCAAGCAGCAGUAAGGAUGCACCUGGUGAAAAAGUCUUAAAGUCUGCAAGCAACACUCCGCCAGUCACCGAUAGCCCAGGUCACUCUGUUUCCAGUGGGAAGAAUUCAUUAACAAUUAUUGAAACUAAGGCUGUUAUUUCUCAAGUACCACCUGCCGGCUCAUCUGAUAUGCAAGUCAGUCUCCAUGAUAUGAGGCGUAAUGUGGCAGAACUCCGACUCCAGCUGCAGAAGAUGAGGCAGCUGCAGCUGCAGAACCAGGAAAUGGUGAGAGCGAUGAUGAAGAAAGCAGAGCAGGAAAUCAGCAGUAAAGUGACAGAAAUGGUCAAAAACAUGGAGGACCCAGUGCAGAGGCAGCGUGUCCUGGUGGAGCAAGAACGUCAGAAAUAUCUCCAAGACGAGGAACAGAUCAUCCUAAAAUUAAGUGACUUGGAGAGUUUUGUGGAAGACAUGAAGAAGGACUCAAGUGCUACCCGACUAGUUACACUGAAGGACGUGGAAGAUCGAGCAUUUCUCCUACGACAGAUUGGAGAAGCGGUAUCUAAUCUGAAAGGAGAAUUUCCAUACCUUCAGAAUAAGAUGAGGGCUGUCUUACGGGUGGAGGUGGAGGCAGUUAGGUUUCUGAAGGAAGAGCCUCAUAAACUGGACAGCUUAUUGAAGAGGAUCCGAAACAUGACUGAUGCCCUGUCUGCCUUAAGAAGACAUGCUUCCGAAGGAUCAUCGAAGAGUGUUGACUACAAUCAAAAUAACCAAUACACAAUCACCGAAAAGGUGACCGAAACAGAAAUGAUCCAAAACAAAGAAGAGAAAAGUCAGGUCUACCUUCAGCAAGCACAGACGGAACCAGGAAGCACAACAGAAGCCCAGACCACCUCCGUGAAGUCAGAGGUGGUACCAUUGUCUGUUGGAGUUAAAGUUCACCAUGUACAGAGUUCCCCCGUCCUCAUGCAGCAGUCCCAGCACUCCUCCGCUCUGGUAAACCAUACGUUUAACUCCAGUAACCAGAACGGUCAUUUAGCCGAUUCAUCAGCAAAUCACCAGUCCAUAAACUCAUCAGCUACAUCAGAGCAAACUCCAACUGCACAACCCACUCACGUUAAUGGAUCCUCUGCUCUGUUCAUUGAAGAAAUUCAGCAUGUAGGCUACAGGAAUCGAGCAGUGUCUAUAGAGGAAGCAGAGAGGAAAUUUGAAGAAAAAAGACAGAACUUGGACCACUACAAUAGGAAAGAAUUUGAGAAGAUGUUGGAAGAAGCACAAGCCAAUAUAAUGAAGUCAAUCCCCAGUCUAGAAGUGCCAUCACAGACUUCAAAAACCGAGAGCAUAGACAAAGCAGAGGCUAAUGAAGGAGGUCAAGAAAGUGAGCAAGAAAAUGAUAAGUUAACCAAGUCUCCACCUCCACCCCCUCCUCGUCGUAUGUACCCCCUUGGAAGUGGUUUGAGCAGUUCAUGGACGUCAGACUGGAAAGAUAGCAAGGACUCAGAAGAUGUCCCUCCACCACCACCACCAAAAACAAUCAAGCCAGAGAUAGAGAGUCCCAUCAAGAGUUCCCAAGUGAAGGAUGAGGAGGAAGAGGAAGGAGAGAGGAUCAUGGCAGAACUUCAGGCUUUCCAGAAGUGUUCUGUAGUGGAAAUUAAUUCAAAGGUGCAAUAUGAGCUCCCAAAAACAGAGGUCCAGGAGAGAGAUUUCAGACCUUCAGGUUUAGCUCUACCCAAGGAAAAGAAGGUGCCAUGCAAUAUUUCAAAAGAAAGUGUAAGUCCUGAAAGCCCAAAAGUUGUUGAAAGCACUGAGGACAAGUGGAAAAUUCUAUCCAUAUCAAGUCCUGCACCUGAUUCUGCUCAGUUUAGUCAGGUGGAGAAGGUUGUAGUGAACAAACAGUCUACAUACAGUCUGUUCAUAGGCAGGGAUGAGCCUAGCUCUACAGACAGGGAGAAUCCUGUAAAGAAAAGUAAAAAUGAAGAAUUAGCAAACAUGAACGUAUAUAAAUUUCACAACAACGAAAACCUAAAGCACUUGAGUUCUACAAUGCCAGAAGUGGUUAAUGGAGGAACAGAUCACAAAAUCUCAGAGACAAGUUCCACAUUUGUCAAAGCUUUUAAUGUAGAGAGACAGGAUAGCUCAGUAAGUAGCUCUCCAACCCAAGAACAGGGAUUGCCUUACUUAGAUUUAGGCCAGACCGUUGUAUUAAGGCAAAAAAAUUCUCGUAGGACUACCAGCCAACAGUCUGAAGACCUCGAGUCUCCUGCUGUUUCACCGACUGAGCCAAGGUCUCCAGCAGAUAACAUUGCUUUUAUGAUCACGAAUACUGAGGUGCAGGUCCUGUCAACAGGUGAAGUUCAAGAUAUUGUAAACCGGAAGGGUGGAGAGGUGCAAACAGUUAAUGUUGAUAAAGAAAAUGUGAAAACAAUUCCUUCCAACAAUUUGGACACACAAGAUUCUGUUGUGUGCACAGAUAAGAAACCAGUCAUUAUCAUAUUUGACGAACCAAUGGAUAUAAGAGCUGCCUAUAAAAGGUUGUCAACAAUAUUCGAAGAAUGUGAUGAUGAGCUGGAAAAAAUGAUGUCAGAAGCAAAGAUUGAUGAGGAGGAGGAGGAAGAAGAAGAUGAUAAGGAAUUGAGUGUCCAUCUGCCUGAAGAAGAAAGGGUUAAGGAAAGCAAAAUGGUCAACAAUACCCAAAAUGUCUCAAAAUCAAACAAAUACAGAUUUAAUUAUCCAUCUCUAUCAGAAAUGAAGCAGACUAUGUUUCAGGAUCAUGUCUCCCAGGGUUUCCUCCCCGAUGAAGAAAAGACUGAUGCAUCUGACUAUCAGUAUGGCCAGAGACAAGAUGUAAAGAAAAAGUUUAAGUUCAAAUUUCCUAAAAAACAGUUGGCGGCUCUAACCCAAGCAAUCCGUACAGGGACGAAAACUGGGAAGAAGACCUUGCAAGUUGUGGUCUACGAGGACGAAGAAGAGCCUGAUGGGACUGUAAAGCAACACAAAGAAGCAAAAAGGUUUGAAAUUGAAAGAUCGAAGAGCAAAGAAGAAGCUAUCCAACCUGAAACUCAUAACCUUGAAGAACAAGAACAUGUGUCGAGGACUGAUGAGAUAAGGCAAAAUACAUAUAGAACCUUAGACAGUCUUGAGGAAACCAUCAAGCAGCUAGAAAAUACAAUAAGUGGAAUGACACCAAGACCAGGAUCUGAUCUUAUAGAAUCGAGAGACGAUAACAAAACAUUGACAAUAACCUCUUUGGUGUCUAAAGGAUCUGUGUUAGCGGAUAAUACAAAACCCGUUCUAGAGUCUCCAUCAUCCAUACCUACCACAGCACGCAAGGGAUCAAACGGAGCACCACAAACCAGCAGAAUGCCAGUACCAAUGUCUUCUAAAACUAGACAAGGAAGCAUGGAAAAAACUAGCAAACAGCCAAAGCUACAGGAGCCGCAGCGUCAAUUCAGACAGGCUAACGGAGGUACUAAGAAAGCUGGUGGGGAUAUUAAGGCUGCUUCCCCUACUUUAUCUGCUUCUAAGAUUCCAGCUCUUUCUCCUAACACUGGAAAAAGCAGCUCUGUUUCUGCUCAGUGUAAUGAUACCUCUAACUCCCAUAAUCCCCCUGUGAAGUCCCACGUCCCAGUAACUAAUUCUAACUCUCAGACCGCUCGUACCGUUAACGCUCCCUCCCUUAUCCGUCCUGUCCAUAACGGCACGUCAAAGCUACAGAGCCCAACCUAUUCAGGUAAAGGUCACCAUCUCUCGUUUUCACUGCAGAAUACAAAUGGCAGACCAUCUCCUCCUACUUCCUCCUCUUCUGCUACUUCUCCCUCUACUUCUGUCUCUCCCACUUCACUGACUCAAGGUAUGAAGAGCAUCCGUACCAUCCACACACCUAGCUUCACCAGCUACAAGUCACAGAACGGAAGCGCAACCAAGCUCGCCACCCAAAAGGACUCCUCCUAACUUGUGCAGACUCAUCGGUCUAGGUGUCUUCAGUUCAAUUCCACCCACAGCGCCCUCUGCUGGCAUGUUGUUGUCAUCUAUGUACAUAACACACCGGUAUAUCCUCGUCAAGAUAGUUGCUGUUGUAAUUAUAGGCUUUUUCUUUUAUCGGUCUCUGUUUCUAUGUAAAUUAGUGUGUGUGUGUGUGUGUGUGUGACUGUAUAUAUUACUAUACUGUAUGUUUGCAUGAGUGUGUAUCCCUUCGGAAAGGCGUCCAUUACGUGAGGAUGCGGAUUAUUUUGUAUAGACUAUUUUUCACUAUGGGACUUGCAGGAGAAUAAAUCUAGAGUGGAGUUUUUGCUUUUGCUUUCCAAUCAUGCUGGCUUUGACUACAGAUUUCUAUUUUUGUCGACUAUACAUCACUGUUGCUUUUAUUUUUUUGCCAAGAUAUUUUCAUAGGGGACAUAAGAGUAUGUUUAUAAAUUUGGGUUGGGGGGGGAGGGGAGGGUUACCCAAGUGCAAUAUUCUUAAAGGGAGUCUUUCAUCAAAAAAAAUAAAAAUAAAAAAGUCAUAUAUAUAUAAAAGGAAAAGCUUAAAAUCAGGCAGUAUAAAAUAUUUUCUUACCAGAAUAUUUAGGCAAUAUCCUAUUUACUUUACAUCAAUGGAAGCUCUUCCAUUGACAUAUCUGUAAAUAAUAUUCGUGAAGUCACAUUCUGAUGUCAGAAGAUGAUGAUUCUACAGAGAUAAGCAGCGCUUUAUAGGUCUCCAGGUCACUGGUAGCUCCCUUGCCCUUAUAAAAAAAGGAAAAAAAAAAAGAAGAGGUUCUUCAGCAGCUGCAGUGUGUAAUGUAUAGUUAUCCGCCCUAGCUGCUGCAAAAUCUCACAAUACUAUGCCUUAGAAGCGAAGGGCAUUCCAUAUCAAUUAAGGUGCGUUUUACGGACUGCCAUCCGCGAAACAGACAAAAAUAGGACAUGUUCUAUUUUAUUUAUUUAUUUUUGCGGGGCAGCGGAACGGCCAUGUGCUGUCCGCAUCUUUUGUGGCCCCGUUGAAAUGAAUGGGUCCACAUCCAAUCCGCAAAAGAUGCGGAUCGGACGUGGAACAAAAAUACGGUCGUCUGAAUGGGGCCUUAGCGGUAGACAGAAUCUUUCCUUGAGGUCAAGGCUUUUCCAAUAUCCUAGGAAUCUAUAAUCUUGUUAGUCCGGGUCAUGAAACCCACGGUAGGGUCACAUUACGUCCGACUGAAUGAGGCCUUUGUUUAAAAAAAAGAGGUGUUGCAGCAGCUGAGGUGUGUUAUAAGAAAUUACAUCCCAGCCCUACUAUAAAUUGUAAGAAUACCAAACGUCACCUCGGAGUUCAGUAACUAUUCUAAGGUUCCGUAACGUGUGUGUUUUCUGUUACCUAUCAAUUAGAUUUGGUUUAUAGAAGAUGCCGUUUUGCUUGUACUUUCUAAAUUGCCAUAAAGUGAGACACUGACACUGCUGCAAAAUAUGCCGCAAACAAAGAAUACUUAGUUCUAGAAAGUUAGAUUAUUUAUUGUAACUUCACGCAGAGGUUUUUUAUUUUUUUUUGAGAAAUCACAAGGACUAUGGUUAAUGUUUUUUGAUGAUCGACCCCCUUUAAGUGGCACCACUGCCCUGUGGAUCUAGGUGUGAACAUGAAAUGACACAUUUAUCGGUUUCGAUUUCCCAGAAUGCUACUGCCGACCACAGCCCUUAAACCAUGUUAUUUUUACUGUCCUGUAAGACAGGUGUGUACAUAGACAUACUUUUUACUUCUACAUAGAGAUGCUCUCAUAUUUAGGCAGUGUGUGUCAGCCCGUGGGGGCUGUGUGAACUGCGACUCCCGUCAUCCUGGCCGAUGAUAGUAGUUGUAGUCCGAGUCACGCGUGGCCUAACUCUCAUUGUUCAUGCAUGCUUUCAGACAGCGGCAACUUGGAAAGGAAGAGCUUGCACAGAUUUUGUAAAUUUAUCGAUUUGUAUAACUACUGUAACAAAUAUCUGUAAAAAGCAGAUCACUUUUCUGAAAUAAAAUAAAGUGAUGCAUGCGGUUCUCUACACACGA